AUGGAUGCAACACCACCGCCCUCAACACUGCUGCCCUCUGCAGCAAAGCAUACUCGCCAGGGAUCUAUUGGAAGAGUUCUUCCCAAGCGUCCAGUCCGUGGCGCUCUUGAUAUAUCAAACUCACCUAUCCAUACUGCCCAAGCUUCUACCUCUCUCUCCCCAUCGAACAAUAGCACCAGCAAUUCUCGGCUGAGUCCGAACCGCUCAAGCCUUAGCUACAGCACUACUCUAAAUAAUCAAUCUCCAUCCCGCAUCUAUCCAUCAUCGCCCAGCCUAUCCAAAGACUUCUCUGCUCUUUUACAUCCUAGUCUAUACCAUACGCUCACUCCAAUUGAUAUACCGCCACCUUUGAGAAAUCUUGCCCUCCAACCAGACACCUCAACUUCACUUGCCGACCUCAUUUCUUCCGGUCACUUUCGCAGCGCUGCCGUCAAGGCCGCCCAAACACUGACAAUUCCUGGACAGUCUUUGAAUCCCGGUGAGAUCUUUGACUUAGUAUACAGGCGACUAGCCUGUCUGACUCUAUGCAAUCAGACGGCCAUCGCCGCACAGGAAGUAAAGGCUUUGGGUGAUCUGAACAGCGCACACUAUCGAGAUGUUGAUACAGGAAAGCAUCUUAUUCCUUGGGAACUAAGACUACUUGCGGUAAGGCUACAGGGGAUUGGUUUUGGAGAUUCUAGAAGGAGUGUCAUGGGAUACUACGAGCUUGUCGACGAAGCCCGUCUUAACCUCAGCUCCCUAAAAAAAGAGGCUACUCUGAAUUCAGACGAAGAAAAUGUGCGGAAAGCCAUCGAACGUGAAAUAAGUCUAUGGGAAUAUCGACUAGGGGAGCUCGGGAUACGAGUGGCAAGUGCGUUAAUAGAGAUGGAAGACUUUGAAGGUGCAACCUGCUUUCUAGCCAGCAUUCAAUCCUGCCCCUCUACGCACCACCUCCUAAGCCAACGCGCACUCCUUCACCUCCAUCUUGGUGAUCUUAAUGAAGCACACCGCUGUGCCCCGGAUGACAAACUGAUUCUUGCCCUCAGCAAUAUGGCAGCUGCCCAGUACAAUGAUGCCAUAAAGUGCUGGGAAGAACUAAUCGAUACCAAUCCCAAUAGCAAAGAUCUAGCCUUAUGGAAGCAGAAUAUGGCAGUCUCUCUUAUCUACUUAGGUCGUCUAGACGAGGCUCGAACCCUCUUGGAAUCUCUCUUAGAUGACGAUGGUCAUACUUUUCAUGCUUUGACAUUUAAUCUAUCGACCGUCUACGAGCUAUCCACGGAACGAAGCCGCACACUAAAAAUUACGCUUGCUGAAAGGGUAGCCAAGGUGCUGGAAUCGAAUCGGGAUCGAGCAAAGGAAGCUUGCGCACCAGUAGUUGGAUGGGAAAAAGUCAAUUCAGACUUUAAGCUGUAG